ACCGAUUCUGCGCCUGUACGAAUACCUUAUGUGACUGGCUGUGGAGAGGCGGCGGAUCCUGUUUGGGGCCAGUGGAGCGGCUGAGGCAGCGGCGGUGGUUUCGGUAUUCGAGGAGGCAUUUAGACUUAGGCAGAAACCAUGGCGGACGGCGGAGCAGAGCGGGCAGAUGGGCGCAUCGUGAAGAUGGAGGUGGACUACAGCGCCACGGUGGAUCAGCGCCUGCCCGAGUGCGAGAGUAUGGCCAAGGAAGGAAGACUUCAAGAAGUAAUUGAAACACUUUUAUCUUUGGAAAAACAGACCCGUACUGCUUCUGAUAUGGUGUCUACAUCUCGAAUUUUGGUUGCAGUGGUGAAGAUGUGUUAUGAAGCUAAAGAAUGGGAUUUUCUUAAUGAAAAUAUUAUCCUUUUGUCUAAAAGAAGGAGCCAAUUAAAACAGGCAGUUGCAAAAAUGGUUCAACAGUGCUGCGUUUAUGUUGAGGAAAUCACAGAUCUUCCCAUCAAACUACGAUUAAUUGAUACUCUUCGAAUGGUGACAGAAGGAAAGAUUUAUGUGGAAAUUGAACGUGCUCGAUUAACUAAAACACUAGCAACUAUCAAAGAACAAAGUGGUGAAGUCAAAGAGGCAGCAUCCAUUUUGCAAGAGCUGCAGGUGGAAACUUAUGGGUCCAUGGAAAAGAAAGAGAGAGUGGAAUUUAUCUUGGAGCAAAUGAGACUUUGCCUAGCUGUGAAGGAUUACAUUCGUACUCAAAUCAUAAGCAAAAAAAUUAACACCAAAUUCUUUCAAGAAGAUAAUACAGAAAAGUUAAAGUUGAAAUACUAUAAUUUAAUGAUUCAACUGGAUCAACAUGAAGGUUCCUAUUUGUCCAUCUGUAAACACUACAGAGCUAUAUAUGAUACUCCUUGUAUCCAAGCUGAAAGUGAAAAGUGGCAACAAGCUCUGAAGAGUGUAGUUCUUUAUGUUAUUCUGUCCCCCUUUGACAAUGAACAGUCGGAUUUGGUUCACCGAAUAAGCAAUGACAAAAAGUUAGAAGAAAUUCCCAAGUAUAAGGAUCUUUUAAAGCUUUUUACUACUAUGGAAUUGAUGCGUUGGACCACACUAGUUGAGGAUUAUGGAAAGGAAUUAAGAGAAGGUUCUCUUGAGAGUCCGGCAACAGAUGUUUUUGGUUACACUGAGGAAGGUGAAAAAAGAUGGAAAGAUUUGAAAAACAGGGUUGUGGAACAUAAUAUUAGGAUAAUGGCCAAAUACUAUACCAGGAUAACAAUGAAGCGGAUGGCUCAACUUCUGGAUCUUUCUGUUGAUGAAUCAGAAGCAUUUCUUUCAAACUUAGUAGUAAAUAAGACCAUCUUUGCUAAAGUAGACAGGUUGGCAGGAAUUAUCAACUUCCAAAGACCGAAGGACCCAAAUAACUUACUAAAUGACUGGUCUCAGAAACUGAACUCACUGAUGUCUCUAGUUAACAAAACCACACAUCUCAUAGCAAAGGAGGAGAUGAUACAUAAUCUACAAUGAGGGAUUCAAUACCCUAAAGCUUUUAAGAAAGCAUUACAAUUGGAGGGCAUAAAGACUAUUAUUACAGUGUACCUGUUGGGUUUUUCCCCUCUUAUUCCCCACUUCCUAGUCUGAAAUAUAAAACGAGUAAAAAUAUGAGACAUUAUUUGAACAUCAUUUCCUUGAUUUCUAAUUGUUUAACUUUGCUUUUGCAUUUGAUGCAAGAAUAUAAUACAAACUGUAUUGUUUAAUCAAAAUUGUGUUGUAACUUACUCAAAAAUCUUUUUCUAUUGUUAAAAAUCCUUUUAGCAGUUUACCAUUUGUUUUCAUUCAGCUAACAACCAUAAUAAAAAAUAGUAUAUGCAUUUUUUUUUUACUUUCCAUGGUUUCUUCUGUUUCUGAAAAUUAAUUGUGAUAAUGAUUUGGCAAGUGUUUUUAUAAAAUAAAAUGUAUCAUCUGGCAAAGUCAUAAGACUGAAGUAAAACGCAAUACAGAUAAUGUUUUUAAAGUGACUUACAUGAAUGUAAGAUUUGUAGUUGUACUGGGCUCCCUGAUUAAGCCUAUGUUCAACAGUUAUUCAACAAUUAUGUUAAAGACCUCCUUGACUGUAUCCCUGCACACCAACUAGAUUUACCAUUCAGUCAUUUGGACUUCUCUUACAUUGUCCUUACCAGUUGUUUGAAAUUAAUAAAUCAUAUGAUGGUAUUGGCAUGUUCACA